AUGCAAGUUUGGGAUCAGCUCUUCGCAAUUCACUUGAGAGCAGUCGUCGAACUGAUCCACGAAUCGGUUCCACAUUUGGAGAAAACUAACGGCACUAUCAUUGAUAUCUCGGGCAUUGCUGCCAUCGCUCCGCUCUCUCAAGAACUAAUCCCCGGCCCCGCCAAAGAUAUGAUGACUCGAGUACUGGCCCUUGAAUUGGGUCCCAAAGGCAUUCGUGUCAACUCUUUGAGCCCGGGCUCUAUUCAAACACGUGAAAAGUUGGACCCUAUGUAUGAAUUCGCGAAGAAAAUAACACCACUCCAGCGAUUGGGACAACCAUUAGAUAUCGCCAAAGCCGUGGCAUUCCUGGCCUCAAGUGAUGCCACAUUCAUAACCGGCGUUAAUCUGGUGGUUGACGGCGGACUCGUUUAUAAUUUUGGUGCUUUCAAUACUCUCUGA